UUCGUUUUCCAUUUUUUUUUUUUUUUGAGAUCUGAUCUCUGCCUCUUUCUCUCUCGUAUUUGCGCUUGGAUAUGGCUUCGACAGAGCCUUCUUCUUCUGCACCGUCCGUUAAGGAAGAGCAACCACCACAUGAGAAGCAACAGAAAUUAGAAAGUAAUAAUAAUAAAGAUCGAGAUGUAAACGUUUUUGGUUUUGACGAUGAGACGUUGUGGAGGAUGUUGGAUUAUUACGAAGACGAUGAUGGUGACGCUGACGAUUCAGUGGAUGAGGAUUACUCCGAUGGUGAACGUGAGAUUACUGACGAAGAGAUUGGGCGAUAUAAGGCUGCUUUGGAAAUCAGCGAUGGUUUUGAUGUUCCAUCAUUUCCUGGCGUUUCUUGUUGCGGUCUUAUUACACCCGUUGUAUUGAGUGCCUAUUCUCUUGAAACCCUCAAGCCUCUUUGUGUUGCUGCCAUGGAAUACUAUAAUAAUGAAAAGAAAACAAACUAUAAGUUUCUGGAGUUGAAAAAAGCAAAUGUAAAAGGUUGCUGUGGUCUUCUUUACUAUUUAACCUUUGUGGGAAGGAUUCCUGAAGUUAACACUACUCAGAUCUUCGAAGCACGCGUUUUGUGGGGGAUUCCUAAAAACGUAGGAGAUGAUCCGACGGAGGUUUAUUCUUGUAGGGAAAAGAGUCAACAGACUCCUCCUGCCACAACAGAUUACAAACUUGAGUUCUGUGCUAUUUGA